AGAAACGUUGCAAAACUGUAUUGCAACAGACUAAACGUUUUGCAACAGUGAAUACACCCCAGCUCUGAUAGCACCAACGCACUCAUGCGAAGCUGUGGGUGGGAGGGAGUUGACCCGUUGUCAUGGGAAUGAGACUUUUUUCUUCUCAUGUUUUAUGCGCCCUUAAACUUGCAAGCAACACAGUGAGCUAGCUAGUUACUAAGAAUCCAUCGAUAAUAGAAAGCAAAAGAUUGUUUCAUAUAGAAAUAUUUGUUGUAAAACUUUGUCGGACUGCUCGGGGUUUGGUAGUCAUCGAGAAUCGGCUAGAUGAGCAGGUGAGCCAGCAAGCUGUUCAGCUAGUGUGAGCAUUAGCUAGCUAGCUAGUUAACGUGAGCUAUUGUGGUUACAAAGUUCAAAAUAUGAUGUGUCAAUGUAACAAACACAGUGCUUGCACAAUGAAUCGCUGAAAUGACACGCACGUUUUUUCAAACGAGACAUUGUAGCUCCAAGAUGUCUCAACUAGGCCUAGCAUUGACGUAUGCAGUUGGGAGAGCGUUCGCAUGUAACGACGUUCGAUAGCUGUCAGUCUAACUGUCUGAUGUUGUUUCCAGACUAGAAUGUUUGGGGAAGUCUGCCAAGGUUCCACAGAAGCAGGUAAAACGUGUUUCUUUGGCUUUGUCAAAGACAUGAUGAAGCCAAGACUGGUUGGGAACAUGAUUUUAUUUCAGAUAAAUAUUUCAUGAUGAAGCAAGACUGGUUGGGAACAUGAUUUUAUUUCAGAUCAAUAUUUCAGUUGUAUGUGAACAAACAAUGAAAUAAAUAUAUUCAUCUUUUUUUUUUUUUUAUACAUAUGCAUUUGUGAUAUAUUAAAUGCACAUAUUUCCCCUGCAUCUGAUAUAGGUGGUCCCUGCACUUCUUGAGACACACAUGCUUAAAGGUAUGUAGGCCUACUCCAUGUGUAAAGAUCUGGUAUGCAGGGUGAAACAAACAACGACUGCUGUGCUUUCCAUUCUAGACUGACCUGGAUUUAUGACUCCCUUAACCAGUUUUUUUACUUUUUGUUCUAGAAGCAGUGGGAGCCAAGUCUUUUACUGCCACACCCGGGUAAGAAUUCACAGCAAGACCAGUUCUAACUGCGUCUUAAAACAUCAGACAUGGUGUUGAGUUGCCAUGAUAGUAAAAACAAGUUGAUGUGAUGCAAAAACGUAUAUAUUUUUGUGUGUGUGUGUUUUGGUAUUUUUCAGAAGUAGCCUUCCUACACAAGCAGUAUCAAAUCCUGUGAAGGUCGGUAAUCAACACUAAGCACAAAAAAGCUAUUGCAUUGAUCAUUUAUUAGUCUGUAUAUCUAAUGAGUUUUUCACCCAGGUCUCUCCACCUGGGAGAUUGGAAGUGCUCUGUGCAGGAGGUGUGAAUAACAUUAGUGUUGGGUUCGCUGGACCGCCUGUGGUCCUCAGCCAAGACCUGAAGGACAAUAAGAAACCACAGCAGUCGGUUUUAGCUGUUACAGGUCAGUAGAGCAUGACAGGACUACUAGAAUAGAAGAGCAUUCCCACUGGGCACACGCUGGUUGAAUCAACGUUGUUUCCACGUCAUUUCAAUGAAAUUAUGUUGAACCAACGUGGAAUAGACGUUGAAUUAACGUAUGUGCCCAGUAGAUUGGAACAUAAAGAAUCUAAUUUUGCACCAAUAUUUUCAAUCUUUUUUGCAUGACUGCUGAAAAAUGAUGAUGAUGUUUUGUGGGGCAGGAGGAAGAGUGUUUAUGCAGCACCGGGCCCGAACUACCCCCUGCUCUGUGUGUGUUCCCCCUCCAGCGGAGCCCCUCCCCCCUCUUGCGCCAGAAGGGGAGGAAGAGAACACUGAGGAGGAUGAUGGUGAGGAGGAUGAUGGUGAGGAGGAUGAUGAUGAUGAGGAGGGACACAGGGCUCCGAUGGAGCUGAUGGCUGAGGUAAAUUAACUCUGCAGUUCACGUCAGACCAAGUCCCACGUUAGACUGACUAAAAAUGAAUAAAUUCAUAUCAGCCAGAGAUGUCAUUUUCCCUGAUUAAUCGAGGAAUCCAGAUUUCUGAUUAACAAUGAGAGGGUUGGUCUGCCUGGAUGGACUAUGACUCCCAUCUGUCUGUGAUUUCAGUUCCUCAAGUCUGUAAUGGAGAAAGACUUUGUGCUGGCAAAGAAACUGUGUCAGAUGAGUAAGCCUGUUUGUCAAAUAUAAAAGUUCUGUCAUUCAUUGUUUUGAUUAUAUGUGUGCAUUUUGUUCAUGUGUCUCUCAUUGCGUCAAUCAACCAAUCAAUGAAUUCAUGAAUUAGCCAACCAGCGGAUGAUUGCUGUGUCUGUGCUCUGUUCUUCCAGUUCUGAUCUAUGAACCAAAUAAUCCAGAAGCCAAACAGUUCAUUCCUCUCAUCCAGGAGAAGCUGGAGAGAGGUGAGUGGCUCCGUCCAACACACACACACACGCACACAAAGGUUAUUUUGGAAGAAUACUUUUGGCCACUGUGGCUGUGUGACAAUUGUUGGAGGUUGGAUUCAAGUGGUCACACCAACCCUGGUUCUGGAGAGCUACUAUGUGUGCAGGCUUUUGUUCCAACACUGACACACCUGAUAUAGCUAAUCAAAGUCUUUGCUUUGUUCUAAUACAAUGUUCCAUCAGAGCAAGAGGAGAAAAGCCAAGAUAAUGAUUGUUCAGACUCCAGUGAUGAAGAUGACUCAGAGGACUCUGAGAGUGAUCAAGAUUCCGCUCAGAGCUCAGACAGCUCCUCAUCAUCAUCAUCGUCAGAUGAGGAAGAGGAGCAGAGGAGGAGACACAAACCAUGUCCACCCUCUCAUCUUUCCCAAUAGCUGUCAGUCACCAGCACACUGCCCAGUUUGACAGUCAAAAGAUCAGUUAGUUUCUUUCCCUUUCGUAUGAAUAUAUAGAUAUAGAAAUUGUGUCACUGUUUUGCAUUUCACAUUCUUACAUUGCCUUGGUGAGGCCAUCACAGCACAAACACAUGGUUUCCUCAUCAACAUGUCACUGUUUAAUCUUCAUGUAAAGAACACAAUAAAGUUCA